AUGACACCACAGAGUCCCGUAUUGCAAUCGUAUAUAGCCAAGCUUGAAAAUUGCAUAGCCAAAGAGAAUGGUGUGUUGCUGGCUGAGAUCAUAUCCAUCUCGACUGACCAUGCAGCUACCAUGUCCAGUAUAUUGCAUCUGCCCGAGUUUCGUAUAUCAUCGGCCAUCUCUAAACUUACUAUGCCAUGGAAAGAUAUGGCUCACUUUCAUGUGAAUGUUCUUCGAGCUUUAGAACGGAAUGACUUGACAGAGGCAGCAACUUUACAGAACAAACUGUGUCUGUCGUUUUACCAAAUAUUUCCGCACCAUACAAGUUGGUCCCUUCCAGUACUGUACGUGCUCAUACGAGAUCUGCGGUCAUUGAGUAUCCGCGCAGAUGCAGUUUUAGAGAAUGGCAAAAAAGCAAGCCAUUUGGAAGAGGCUGCUCGAACCAUAAACCGAGCAUUCUCUGCAUGUGUGACAGAUCGAUCUUCGCAGACAAAUGUAUCUCGAAAAUGGGGCACGUAUUUUGUAGUGAAUAUGCUUUUCCGAACCUAUUUCAAGCUCAAUUCCACAAACCUUUGCUCAACUAUUUUGAGAUCACUCCAAUCAGCUGAUUUGCCCAAUCUAUCACAAUUUCCUAUAUCGCAUCAAGUCACAUUCAAGUAUUAUACUGGUAUUCUUGCAUUUUACAGUGAGAAUUUCGAAUCGGCCAGUUCUAGUCUGAUGUUUGCUUUUGAUCGCAGCUUGUAUCAAACUUUGGUGGAUAAACUCAACAAGCAAUCUAUUUUGGCUUAUCUAGUUCCAGCACAACUUAUGCGAGGAAUUCUUCCCCACCCACGCUUGUUUACCAAAUAUCCAGCCAUUGGCAACAUAUAUCAAGAGUUUGUUCAUGCAGUACGAUCUGGAAAUGUUAAGCGGUUUGACGACGCCUUUCAAAUCCAUGAAGCAGAGCUUAUUCGUCGUGGGACAUGGCUAACUAUCGAGCUUGUUCGAUUGUUGGUUUUACGCACACUGUUCCGUAACGUGUGGUUGAUUCAUGCUAAAGCAUCGCGUAUACAUAUGUCAGUAUUUCAACGAGCACUUGAGCUUGCAUCAGGAGAUCAGCCUGUUGAUUCUGCACAGGUGGAAUGUUUCCUUGCUAUUAUGGUGGAUAAAAACUUUAUUAAAGGAUACUUGUCCCAUGAGCGGCAAAUGGUAGUAUUAUCCAACAAGGAUCCGUUUCCAUCCAUGAAGUCGGCAAUGGUACAAUAA